UUCCCAUUCGAAUUGUGCCUUUUACGGAUAUCCACAAUUUGAAUGGUAUUUCCCAUUCAAGUCAAUGGCCAAUUCUGCCUAGGCAAAAUUUAUUUACGGAUAUCCAAAACUCGAAUUGUGCCUAGUCAAAAUGUAGUUGUGGGUAUCUUAAAUUAUAGUUUUGACUAGGUGGAAAUACAUUCCGGAUAUCUAUAAUUUCAAUUCUGAUUAUACUUGCUCAAGAAAAAACUGCUAUGCAAAGCUCUUUACACAUUUAGUGGACAACAGAUCACAGUGCUGUAGUGUCCCACCUUGUUUAGAAUAUUCCAUUUAUCUUACCUUAUCUAGAGUUUAAUCUGCAUUUUGUCCAUCAUACAGGCCAUCAAAAGAAGGUCUAAGCACAGUGCUUUACAAUACCAACCGCAAGCAGAAAAGCUGUGUGUCAUUCCUUUGAUUCCAGGACACUUAGACCUGCUGGGUCAUCUUCAUGCAAACGUGUGUUCUUGUUAUCAAAAUUGACAAAUGAUUACCUACAUUUAGGAAUUACCUAUAUUACGCAUCCACGUCCACAGCCAAAAUAAAUACAGUGGGACUUUGGGUGGGUACACGAGCUAGUCGCCAUAAAUCAAAUGCUGAUACUUAAACCCCGUUUCUGAUUUAAUCCAGCCCUCCACGUUUGUUCCCAGUCUUGUCUUGGUUUUGUUGUCAUCUGACCUUUUUUCCCUGAUGCUGUCCUGUAAUUAUUGUGAUUUGUUACACAUGUUCUGUUAGUAUUUAAGUUUGCCCUCGUCAUAUGUUCAGUCUCUGUUCGUUUCAUGAAUUAUGCCAUUGUGUUCUUGUGCAUAUGUGAGUAUGUAUAGUCAUGUCCUGCUGUUAUGUUACGUCCAUGUCUUGUGUUUAGUAUUAGCAAGUAAACAGUUUUCUUUGUUAGUAUCUUGUAUUACUUCUUGUCCUGUUCAAGCAAAACCUUCAGAUUUUGUGAUUUACUUAGUUUUUUCUGUAUUUCUUAUAGAUGAGCUAUUAAACCUUUGUACUCUGUAUCUUGUUUGGGUUGUAGAUUUGGGCAUCUCCCCAAUAGUAAGCCUAGUAGUAGGAGUUUAUUAGUUUGCUUUGGUUGUGUCAGCCAUUUAGUAAGUUUAGCGUUAGGAUGCUGUUUGGUCCAUUUACCAGCUAUAGCAGCCACUUCACUCACUGCUUUGGAUUUGAGGGAGCGGGUCUGUCUGCAGUUUUGUAACACUUUUAUGUUAUCCUUUGCAACUACAAGACCAUGACAGGGAGUAUACAGAAACCAUGCUGCCAUAUUGUUCCCUGUGUUUUCUACAUUUUCAAUUUGUUUAAUCAAUUCUUACAUUUUUGUUACUUUAACGUAAAAGCAUUAUUAAUAUCUUCACUUACAGUUUGCAUUAUGUAGUACAGCCACUCACUGUUAGUCACUGUGUUAUGUUAAUUCUUCCCUAGAAUUGUGAGAUUUUAGGUAACUCCUCCCUGUUUUCCCUGUGUCCUAAUUCCUCCUGUUGUCUCCUCUGCCACUUUGUCUACUUCUCCCAACCCGUCAAGUCUCCGUGAAGCCUCUGUGAGACACUGCAACCAUGGCUACUACUGGAUGUUUCCGUGUGGUGUCAGAGGAGGAACAGGCCAUGCGCUCCAAGCUGGAACGUUUGACAGUAAAGGAUCAUGGUCCAGUGUUUGGGCUGUGUCACAAACUGCCAGCCCACACUCUGCAAAAGGCUAAGGAUGAGCUGUGUGAGACAGAAGAAAGGAGGGUGUCAUCGCUGAAAGAUCUACGAGCCAUAAUAAAGGCGAGAACAGUGGAGGGAGAUGAUCUAGCCAAACUGGUGCUGGAGCAGUUUGGGGACAAACCUGAUUCCCUACUACUGCGCUUUCUUCGAGCUCGGAAGUUUGAUAUUGUGAGAUCCCAUGACCUCAUGAAGGGUUACGUACGUUUCAGGAAGGACUACCCUGAGCUGUUUGAGAAUCUAACACCUGAAACAAUCCGCAGCACCAUUGAGGAAGGCUACCCUGUGAUUCUGCCUAACAGGGAUAGAUAUGGCCGCGUAGUCCUGCUCUUCAACAUCGAGAACUGGGACCUUGAGGAGAUCACAUUUGAUGAGAUCUUGAGAGCAUAUUGUGUGAUCCUGGAAAAGUUGCUGGAGAAUGAAGAGACUCAGAUAAAUGGCUUCGUUCUGAUUGAGAAUUUCAAGGGCUUCACCAUGCAGCAUGCCUCAGGGAUUAAGCCCACUGAGCUCAAGAAGAUGGUGGACAUGCUGCAGGACUCCUUCCCUGCACGUUUCAAAGCAGUUCACGUUAUCCACCAGCCUUGGUACUUCACUACCACAUACAACAUGGUCAAGCCCUUCAUGAAGAGCAAGCUGCUGGAGAGGGUUUUUGUCCACGGUGAAGAGCUAGACACCUACUUCAAAGAGUUUGAGUCUGAUCUCCUGCCUGCAGAUUUUGAUGGGAAAGCUCCUGUGGCUGACUAUCAGGCCAUCACCACCAGACUUUUUGGUUCUGAGGACACUGCUCUCUGAAAGACCAGUCUUGCUAACUCAAAGUUAAUAGUUUCUUUUCACUGUAGGUUCCUGCUUUGGAUCAGUACACGGCCUAUGUUGAAGCUAGAAUAAAAUGUUUUCUCGGGAAAGUAUAGUGCCGUACAGUAUGUAGAGCUAGAAGCCGAAUUUGACAAAAAGUGCACUGUAGGGUAAUUUAAAUCAGAAAGGAAUAAGGAAGUUACAUAUAUAUUUGAUGGAUUUGGAUAUAUUAUAGUUCAGACAUUACUGGAUUUCCUGUUGAUGUAGGAGAAAAUAAGGAGGUGAUGAUGAUAAUGCGAUGCUGCAGCUCACUAGGGUAACGAGGCCAGACUGUAUUUGAUUUGGAAGUGUUUGCCAAAAAUUCAAAAUAUGAAUUUCCCAGCCUAUAGAAUGGAGAGAUAACCGGCUUGUGACGUUUAGGUGAAUGAGAGCAUACACUGUUUAUGUAGAACAGUUGCUGUUGUUCAGAAAGUUCCAUAUAGCAGUUUACAUUAGAUAUGGAUAAAUUAAAUGGGCCUUUAUCAGUAGAUUUACAUGAACUGUUUUUGUGGUUAUUUUACCUAACCUGAUGGGUAUUUUAUACAAGCAACAAUAAAAUGUUACUUCAUAAAAUAUAUUUUCAGCUAAAUCUGUUUUAUAAACCAAGUUUAAUACAGUCUAACAACAUACUAAAAUUCAUCCCUUUCACUCAAUUAUAUUCCACUGCUUUGUCCAUGUCAGUCUGCUGUAGCCUGGACAGGUUCUAAAGAGGUUUUUAUCUUUUUUUUGGAAUAAAACUGAAAUGAAAGCGUGAUUUCUUAAAAUAAUUUAUUUUUUUUAACACAAUAACCAUGUCUGUUCACAUAAUUAGAUAAUAAUUAGAUAAUAAUUAGAUCACGCAAGCAACCGUUAAAAAAAAACAAAACACUCAGUGUUUAAUAAUAGUCGUAGUAGUCUGUGGUGUGACUGGGUGCACCCUUUCUAGUUGUUCUGACAUUCGGUAAACAUAUUGAGCAUUUGAAUAAAUGUUUACACGAAAUUAAAACUGAAUAUUGUUUAAUGCACACUAACAUACUGUGGGCUUUGAGCCAAAGAUUUAAAAUUAACAUCUUAAAACAUAAUGAUCAUACAAAUACAGAGUGCAUUUUUGGUAUUAGUUUCUAUUUGAAUUCUUUAGUUCACAAGCAACUAAACAUGAGCCCAAAAUCAUGAAACAAUAAAGUAAAAAAAAAAAAAAAAAAAAAA